CUCGAUGCUUGUGUUAAAUCUUUUCCAUAAAUAGUAAGAUAGAUAAAUCUGUCGACCCAAAUCCGAGCAUAAAUCUAGUUGAGAGUUCACAAAUCGCCCACCAAUCUCCACUCUCUGCGUCGUCGCCAUCUCACUGCUUUCUCCCCAAACUCGCUCUCCCUUUCUUCCUUCGAGAUCCCAUUUUCAUGGCCAUGGAGCUCCGCUUCACGCAAGCGCGUUUCUGUGCUGUUCUUCUUCUCCUUCUCCUCUUCUGCUGCAGCUUGUUUCCUCUUCCGCUUGCCCUAAAUGAGGAGGGCGAGGCCCUCCUCUCCUUCAAAUCGUCCAUCGAGGAAGACCCAGGCGGUUCCAUGGCCUCCUGGAACUCCACCGCCUCCGAUCCCUGCGCUUGGAACGGCGUCACUUGCCAGGAAGGGAAGGUCGUCGCCAUUGCGCUCCCAAGGAGUCAUCUUUUGGGCUCCCUGCCUCCCUCGCUGUCUGCGCUCGCCGCUCUCCGCCGCAUCAACCUCCGGAGCAACCGGCUUCGGGGACUCCUUCCCCCGGGUCUCUUCUCCGCCUCCAGCCUCCAAAGUUUGGUGCUUUCCGGCAACUCCUUCUCCGGCGCCAUCCCUGACGAGGUCGGCAGCCUCUCCUCCCUCCAAAUCUUUGAGCUUUCCAACAACUUCCUCGAUGGGACCAUUCCAGCUUCGAUUGCCCACUGCAAGAGGCUGAGGCUCCUCGAUUUGAGCCGCAACAACUUCUCCGGCGCCCUCCCGGCCGGAUUCGGUACCAAUCUUACGGCUCUGGAAAGGCUGGACCUUUCUUACAACAGAUUGAACGGCUCAAUCCCUAGCGAUUUGGGGAACCUGUCGAGUCUCAUCGACACGCUCGAUCUCUCUCACAAUGAUUUCUCCGGCUCAAUUCCGGCGAGUCUUGGAAAUUUACCCGAAAGAAUCUACGUCGACCUCGCAUUCAACAACCUGAGCGGCUCGAUUCCGCAAAAUGGAGCUCUGGUGAACCGUGGCCCAACUGCAUUCAUUGGAAACCCUAAUCUCUGCGGAGAGCCAUUAAAGAACCCCUGUCCUGCUUCAGCCACCAGCCAAUCCCAAUUUCCUUAUUUGCCAAGUGAUCAAUCACCGGUAUCUUCUUUAGAUGGUAGAAAGAGUACAAAUAGUCUCAGUAAACGAUCUGUGACCGCUAUAGUUAUCGGCGAUGUACUCGCAAUUGGCCUUAUGGCAAUGCUGUUCUUCCACUGCUACAGGAGGGCAGUUUCUUCGAAGAGUGAGUUAAAAACUGAGAACUCUAGCAGUGAUUCGAAGGAUAGCAAAAUGUGCUAUUGCUGUGGCAAAGAUAGAUCAGAGGUUUUGGCAGAGAAUGUCAAGCAAUUUGAUCUCAUACCACUAGAUAAGCAAGUGCAUUUCGACUUGGAUGAUCUCUUAAAGGGAUCUGCUUUUGUGAUGGGGAAGAGCGGGAUUGGAAUAGUUUACAAGGUGGCAUUGGACGAUGGGAUCACGAUGGCGGUGAGAAGGUUAGGCGAAGGUGGAUCACAGAGGUUCAAAGAUUUCCAAACUGAGGUAGAAGCAAUUGGCAAAGUGAAGCAUCCUAACAUUGUUCAGCUAAGAGCUUACUACUGGUCGGCUGAUGAGAAGCUUCUGAUAUAUGAUUUUAUUUCAAGCGGCAACCUCUCCAAUGCAAUUCAUGGAAAUCCUUCAGAUGCGAACUUUUCACCGCUACCAUGGAGCAUUAGAGUUAAGAUCAUGAAGGGAGUGGCAAAGGGUUUGGCUUUCUUGCAUGAGUUCAGCCCCAAGAAGUAUGUCCAUGGGGACCUUAAACCCAGCAACAUCCUCCUUGGUUCAGACAUGGAACCAUACAUAUCAGACUUCGGGCUGGGCCACCUAGCCAACAUGGAAAUCGGAGCAACAUCUAUCUACUCGGUUGGAAAGGCGAACGAGAAGCAGCAAAGCCCGCUGUCUAGCAUUUCAUUCAGUCCUAUCUGGAGCAACACAUUGUUCUAUCAAGCUCCUGAAGCCCUGAAAUCUCUCAGGCCAUCCCAGAAGUGGGACGUGUAUUCGUAUGGAGUGAUCCUACUAGAAUUGAUCUCUGGAAGAUCGCCUUCCGCUGUAAUGGACACCUCCGACAUGGAUUUAGUACGCUGGGUUCAGAUUUCGAUCGAAGAGAAGAAGAGCCUGUUGAAUGUGAUAGACCCUUACUUGGCGCAAGAACCCGAAAGAGAAGACGACAUUACCACAGCCCUCAAGGUUGCAUUAGCUUGCGUUCAGUUCAAUCCUGAAAACAGACCAUCAAUGAGGCACAUUGUCGACUCAUUAGACAAAUUAGCUAGCUAAGAUAUGAUAAUGAUCUCAGUUGUUAUAUGCUUGUGAUUUCCAGUAUUCCAAGUGUAGUUUUAGUGUAAUAUAUUUUGUUUGAGCCAGUGUAUUUAGAGAUCUGCCUAUCGAUCCAUAAAAUUACUGUCAUUGUAAAAUUAGUAAAUUACUGUCAGUGUGUAUGUUUAUCAGGCGAUUCUUUAGAAGAAUUCUGGCAUUUUGUAA